GAACUUCUCCAGCGAUGACCAAGGGAACAAGAUCACUUCUCUUCACAGCAGAGAGGAAAACGUCACCGUCUUUACCAACAGCUUCGACGACCAGACCUAUUUCCCUAUUUUGGGAAACGUAACGACACCAAAUGUCAUGUUGGAAGACGAGGAAGGAAGCCGCAAGGAAAACGGAGGAGGCCAGACCGCCGACCAAAGAGAAAAUGGGAGCGGGAGGACAGCGGGAUCCAACAAAGAAAACGGCACGAAUGAGGGAACUCGAGGGGGGACCAUCCUAAAACGUGUCCGACGCCAAGAUGCCUACUAUGAUUACGGCGAUUACAACUACGACGGGAAUUACUACGGUGAUAACUAUAGUAACUACUAUAAUGAAGACUAUUACAAUUACGGAGAUACCACGGGCGGCGAGGCGGUCACAGACGACCCAAAUUACGAAACGGGAGACCAAAACUCCAACGGGGACGGAUUCCUCGACACGAGCGACGUCACCACCAAGGCGCCCACCAUCAGCGGCGGCGGCGUCGUGGACGUGCCCAUCUCCUUCCCGCCCACGUUCUCCACCCUCCCGCCGCCCACCGGGAUCUCCGCCAUAGCCGGGCCGGGGCUGUCGGUCAACAGCGUGCCCCCGGGGGUGCAGAUCGUCACGCUGCCCAACGGACAGGUCGCCAUACAGAUCCCAGAAAACCUGAAGUGGCGCGAUGUGAAGGACUCAUUCACGGACAAGCAGACCCGGAAGACGUGGCGCCAGAUCUUCAACUCCGUCAAGACCCUGAGACAGCAACAGCGGUCGGCGGCCCUGUCUGGCUUCAGCGUGUCGCCCGAAAGGUCCUCCUCCGACUUCGUGAUCCCUUCCGACGUGACCCUGGCCGCCGUGCAGCAAUCCGCCAGGGGCAUGUCCGUCAGGGAACUGCGAGACUUGAAGGCGAGACUGAGGGAGCUCCAGCGGCAGUCUCGCAGGAGCAGGGACACCAUUCGACUCCGGGUUCCUGCUGGUCUCACGGGAACGCCUCCGGGGGUCACGGCGGUGGCUGCUCCCAACGGCGAGCAGAUCGUGACGAUUCCCUCGGACCUCCUGUGGGCGGACGUGCAAGAUUCCUUCGCCACGUCCCUGGAGAGGAAGAUGUGGAGGCAGGUCUUCAAGGCGAGGAACAAGGUGAAGGCUGACCUGCGAGGAGACAACAUCGAGAUGAGGAAGAGCCUCCGCUACAUUAAUGAC